CGGCGCGGUGGACGCUCGUGUCUACUCGAUUGUGACGUGUAGCCGUACUUCGAUCGAGUGACUUUAGCCCGCGCAGACAUAUCACUGUCUGUUUGCCGCUGGAUUCCAAUGGUUGGUAAUUAAAGAGGAUUGAAACAAAAUAGCUCUUUUUUACCCGAAAUUCCUGUGAAAGUAUAGCCAUAUGGAAAACUCGCCGAUGAGAUAGCGAAUUAAGAUGAAUCUCAAAUAUUUAAUUCUGAUGAUAGCCGCCACCAUUGAGAUAAAUGUGACAGAGAGCAGACAAAACGAUAAAAGACGAUGGAAGAACGACAAAAACUAUUCGCACUACGUAAACAUAUGCGACAUACAAGAUCGCGUCUCGAAAGUGCAUUGUUAUUGCGAAAGUAUUAAAAUUAAAUCGGCUACAAAAGCAGACUGCUGGGUCUUCAAUGGCGGCAUUGCUGAAGAUGAUCCCUUCUGGUCAAACUUCUAUUCACAACCAAAAAUAGAAAAACUCAGUUUCAAUGUCAGAGCUGACGGAGGUCUGACGUAUAUACCGGCCAAAGUUAUCAUCAGACUAGAACGCCUGCAGUACCUCCACAUACAAUACGCUAAGAUUUUUAGUAUACCCUCAUUCGCAUUCACGAACUCCACAACACUGAGGGAAGUAAUUCUACCAAAGAACAAAAUCACAAAAUUGGAAACGAUGUCGUUCGCUCAUCUGAUAAUGCUGUCAAACGUCAGCUUAGUGGAAAAUCAGAUCACGGAGCUGAAAAGGGACGUGUUUUACGUUCUUCCGAAUUUGCAGAGGUUAUAUUUGUCGAAGAACACAAUAAGCGUGCUCCAUGACGGUUGCUUCAAACAUCUGAACAAUCUGAUAAAAUUGGAUCUCGACAACAAUUUGUUGACUGUCGUCAUAAGAGAGAACUUCCAGGGUCUGUCCAAUUUGAUUAGUCUGGAUAUGAGAAGCAACAAAUUAAAGAUGAUAGGUGACUUGGCAUUUGCGGAACUUUGGAGCCUUGAGGAACUUUACCUGGAUGGGAACGAAAUAGAAUUUAUAUCAGACAGAGGUUUUGGAGGGUUGGCUGGAUUGAGGAAACUUUCUUUGGCCGAUAAUAAGUUGGCAACAUUAGACGAAGGUGUUCUGGAUGAAAUUGUCAAGUUGAAUGUUUUGGACUUGAGGAAUAAUUACUUGGAGACGCUGAGGCAGGAGGCCGUGCAGAAUGUCUUGGAAAAUAUGAAGACACAUUAUGCAUUAAUCUCCCUAGAUGGUAAUAGACUUACAUGUGACUGCCGUCUGUCAUGGCUGCACAAGCUACGAAACGAAACGAGAAGCAAACGACUGAAGGCAUCUCUUUCUAGACUCAACUGCAUCAUGGACUCGAAAACAAAAAUAAACUUAGGCAUACUCAAAGUGGAAAAGAUUGAAACACCAUUGAGUAUAAACACCAUCAAGAAAGAUUACGAUGACCUUGAUGAAAAUUUAGACGAAGACAACAACUACGAUGAAACUAUGCAAGAUCAGGAGACAGAAACUGAUGAGUCUAAAAUAGAAUAUCGCAGGAAACUCCUGGAAAUACCCAAAGAUAUGCUGCCUUGUCCUAAUAGACUUAGUUAUGAGGCAUCCUACGCGCCGCCCACCCAAGACGAAGUGAAAUACUAUAAGACCUCAUCGAGUUUUAAGAGCUUAGUACCAAUAAAUUGGAUAGUUUUAAUAAUACUCGCUAAAAUACUGUAGUGUUCUUGAGACUAAGGCCUUGUAAAUAUAAAUUAUACAGCUCAGUUACACAUUUAAUCAGUAAUAAUUGAUUUCGUACUACGUUAUUUAAAGUACCUAUUUAGAUAUUUUAACAGUGUAAAUAGAUUUAAGGCUUUAAAUUAAUGAAAUAUCGCAAGAGUGCAUUAGAAGUUAACGGUAUGAAGGUGCAAGUUUCAAAAGUUAGUGUUAAUUACGAGCGAAGUUUAGCGACGUCGAGUCUGGAAUAGAUCUAGACGUUUUAAAGUCUAUCCGCACAUAUUAGGGCCAUGCCUCCAGGCACGGUCGAAGUAGGGCCGAAGGUUUCUGAAUUAUAAUGUCGAGUUUUUUUUUGCGAAACCAAAAACUAUACUUGAUAAUAUUAUUUUCUUUGCCGAACAAUAAACCAACUGAGUCCCAACUGAUUUAUGAAAAUUUUUUUUGUUUUCAACCUUAUUAAACUUACUCUGUGUCACAAUGAAAAAAAAUUAAUUAAGUGUAGUAACAGUAACACAUUUCGAAGAUUUCCGAAAAGGUAUAUGAAUUAGAACAUAGUUAGCUAUCAUGUAAUUUUGAUUUAGACAUUUAAAAUAUUAAUUAAGUAGCACGUAAGAGUGAAAAGAAAGAUGUACCAAUAAAGAAUAAUUUAAUUUUGUGUAAAUAUCACUUAAUAAUUAAGUAAGUAUUUGAAUAUAUCAAUUAUCAUUAAUUAUAAUCAUGUAAGUAACUCAAAAAUUUCUGUUUGAAAACGUAAUUUUGUAGAAGCAAGUCGGUUUUUUAAAAUAAUGGCUCAAUAUUUUAUAACUCCAUUCAAGAGAUCCGGCUAAAACAUUUGUAUUGUCAUUAUAAAUAUGUUUAAAAUUAAAAUAACUCACUACUUAUCCAUCAAUGAGUAUACCGUGGCACGAAUUAUCCGUUGUUAAAGAUAUCGUUCAAAAAGAUGUAUUGUAGUUGAAGAUAACCUUGAGUAUAGGAACGCCUUCACAUUUCUAUAACUUUAUUCUAAUUUCUGUGAUUGAGAAUUAAAGGUGAGUUGCAGCAGUCACUUUUGACGUUGACGUAUUUACCUGCGCGCCGCCGUCGUUUCGACAAAAUGGCGUACUUUGUGGUUUUCCGUUGACUGGUGCAACAUACACUAAUAAAAGGCAUCUAACAAUGUAGGGUAGGUACCUACUUGAAAUAGUCUUGAGUUCAGUACAAGCUUUAUUGCAUAGAAUGUCUAAUUACAGUGAUGAUUGUGAAGAUGAUUUGUGAAUCAAAAUGAACUUAUUCAUACUAAAAUCAUUAUUGUUAUAGAAUAUUGUUGUAAAACCGUAAUUUAUUGGUAUUACAAUAACCUCAAAGUGAAUUAAUUUAAUUUUCCCUCAUUUCAAACGUUGUUUUGUAUGCCCGGAUAUCUGGAAUAUUAAUUUCAUAGUUUAAUUUAUUCAUAAAACCAUCGUGAUUUACAUACCAAAGAUUGUUUUGUGCACGAGUUACCUAAAUAGUAAGGGUCGGAGUACAAUAACACUUUUGACGGCGACUAGCGAUUUAAUGACUUUUUUAUCAUUGGGCCUUAAUAAAAGGCCUUUUCCUAGCGGUGGGAUCCUAAAAAUCAUUAUUUUACUAAAUUAUUGGAAUAAUUUUGUGCCACUGAUGGGUGUGACUAAACGCGAAAUUUGAUCAAAAUGAUUUUGAAAUGAAUGAGAUAUUUUGUCAGUAUCGUGGCAAGUGGAUAUCCCUAGUCUAUGCCUAAUUAUGUAUGUAACAUCAUCAUAUCAAGUGUGUUAUUGCUAAUACUGGUGUCAGAUUUCAUUCAAGUCACCUUAAGGCAUCUGACAUGACUUUUACGACUACUUACCUAGUGGCAGGUAGUCACAUACACACUAGGGAACUAAA